GUUCACUGCUAGGCCACUUGUGCAGACUGUUUUUGAAGGAGGGAAGGCUACAUGUUUUGCCUAUGGCCAAACUGGUAGUGGAAAAACUCAUACUAUGGGAGGAGACUUCUCUGGGAAAGUACAGAAGGCCUCAAAAGGAAUAUAUGCUUUUGCAUCACAGGAUGUAUUCCUCCUUCAGAAUCAGCCACGGUAUAGGGCCCAAGGUCUAGAAGUAUACGUGACCUUCUUUGAGAUAUAUAAUGGAAAGUUAUUUGACCUUUUAAACAAAAAAGCAAAGCUGCGAGUGCUGGAGGAUGGCAAACAGCAGGUCCAGGUUGUUGGCCUACAAGAAAUCCGUGUGAAUUGUGCUGAGGAUGUUAUCCGAAUGAUUGAAAUAGGAAGUGCCUGCAGGACAUCUGGACAUACAUUUGCCAAUUCCAGUUCCUCUCGAUCACAUGCUUGCUUUCAAAUUAUUCUGCGCAGAAAAGGAAAGCUUCAUGGCAAGUUUUCUUUGGUGGAUUUAGCUGGCAAUGAGAGAGGUGCUGACACAUCUAGUGCUGAUCGUCAGACACGGAUGGAAGCAGCCGAAAUAAACAAAAGCUUGCUGGCACUAAAGGAAUGUAUCCGUGCUUUAGGUCAGAAUAAACAACAUACACCUUUUCGGGAAAGUAAACUUACUCAGGUGCUGAGGGAUUCUUUCAUUGGAACAAAUUCCAGAACUUGUAUGAUUGCAAUGAUUUCCCCAGGCAUGAGUUCCUGUGAAUAUACACUAAAUACCCUGCGAUAUGCUGAUAGAGUGAAGGAACUUCCCAACAGUGGAACAGCUGGAGAGGCACAGACCUGUAUGGAAACUGAGAGUGAAGAGUUUGAGAUUAGCAAAGAAGAAUCAGACCAUCUUCUUGAACAGCUUUCUGAAGAUGAGCUGUCUCCUCAUCUGUCCAGUUUUCGUGAAGCUCUCACCCGGAUUAAUGAACUUGAAGAGAAAGCAAUAGAAGAACUUAAGGAAGUCAGGGAGAAAAUGAAUGACUGUAACUAUCUCCUGGACAUUGCAGAACAACCAGAAUAUGACCUAGAGGCAUUUGUGUACCAAGCUCAAUGCUUCAUAAAUGAAGGAUCCAAAAGCUUCCUCGGUCUGAAAGAGACUCUAGAGGAACUAACUCUUGCCAUGCAAAUGGAAGAACAAGCCAGCAAGCACCUGAAUCAACGGCACCUUCAAUAACUAUCCACUUGUUAAACGCACCUUUCCCCCUCUCUAUUUGUCUGUCACUUAUUUCGUUUGCUCUUGCUGCAUUUUAAAAGCAAACAGAAAAUCUGCCCCAUCUACUUUGAGUGGGUCUUUUAAACCUGAUGCAGGAAAGGGACAGCUCUCUGCCAGAAACUAAAUUUUCUAGGACUUUUGUCCCUCUUUUCCAGUACUGACAGUUACAUAAGGAGGGCAUGUUAGUGUCACAUGUUAAGCAUGUAUAUAUUUCUAGUGUACAUAGAAUAUUUGACUAAAUAUUUUUGUAUGUUACAACUGAGUGCAAACCAGUGAACCUUAAACUGGAUUUGCUGUUCUUAAGAUAGAAAAAGUGAUUGAAGGUGUUUAAAUAAAAUUUUCUGAAUUCAUUAAGUUUUGCCUUGCAAAAGCACUACGGCUUUUUUUGUAGGUCUCUAGAUGUUCUGAACCUUUUCACUAUGAGUGAAGAAUCCAACUGGACAAGUAUUCUAGGUAGAAGGAAGUCUGCUACUGGACAACACUUUUUUUUUUAAAUAGGCAAAUUAGCAAAUUUGUUUUCUUUUCCUUUCAGGUAGUUAUUGUCUAAUAAGUAUUAUCAUAAGUACAGAUAAAAACUGGGGCUAUUAACUAAAAAAUUAAAAAGCAGUCAAUAGCCGUAAUUAAGCUCAGAACUGAAGGACGCACAGGGUAAUAAAAGAAGUGCAAUUUAACAGUGCUGGGGAUCAGAAGCAGCUGAGAUAAAAUUAAGAUAUGUUGCUUGAAUUCUGUAGUAGAUGGAUGGAUACUUAGCAUAAAGGUCAUCCAUUGCUCUAAAUAUAAAUUUCUGGAAAUGGAUAGC